AUGAACGUCCAAGGAAACGAUCAGCAAAAUUCAUUUCCUGCAUGCGUCGAUUUUCCGCUCCUGCACCUCUCCUGCACCUCUCCUGCUCCUCUCCUGCACCUCUCCUGCCCCUCUCCUGCCUCUCUCCUGCCCCUCUCCUGCACCUCUCCUGACCCUCUCCUGCACCUCUCCUGCCCCUCUCCUGCACCUCUCCUGCACCUCUCCUGCCCCUCUCCUGCACCUCUCCUGCACCUCUCCUGCCCCUCUCCUGCACCUCUCCUGCACCUCUCCUGCCCCUCUCCUGCCCUCUCCUGCACCUCUCCUGCACCUCUCCUGCCCCUCUCCUGCCCCUCUCCUGCACCUCUCCUGCCCCUCUCCUGCACCUCUCCUGCCCCUCUCCUGCCCUCUCCUGCCCCUCUCCUGCCUCUCUCCUGCCCCUCUCCUGCCCCUCUCCUGCCCUCUCCUGCCCCUCUCGCUCUGCCCCUCUCCUGCACCUCUCCUGCCCCUCUCCUGCACCUCUCCUGCGCCUCUCCUGCCCCUCUCCUGCCCCUCUCCUGCACCUCUCCUGCCCUCUCCUGCACCUCUCCUGCCCCUCUCCUGCCCCUCUCCUGCACCUCUCCUGCCCCUCUCCUGCCCCUCUCCUGCCCUCUCCUGCCCCUCUCCUGCACCCUCUCCUGCCCCUCUCCUGCCCCUCUCCUGCACCUCUCCUGCCCUCUCCUGCCCUCUCCUGCACCUCUCCUGCACCUCUCCUGCCCCUCUCCUGCCCCUCUCCUGCACCUCUCCUGCACCUCUCCUGCCCCUCUCCUGCACCUCUCCUGCCCCUCUCCUGCACCUCUCCUCCUCUCUCUGCACCUCUCCUGCCCCUCUCCUGCCCUCUCCUGCCCCUCUCCUGCCCCUCCCUCUCCUGCACCUCUCCUGCCCCUCUCCUGCACCUCUCCUGCCCCUCUCCUGCACCUCUCCUGCCCCUCUCCUGCCCCUCUCCUGCCCCUCUCCUGCUCCUCUCCUGCCCCUCUCCUGCCCCUCUCCUGCCCCUCUCCUGCACCUCUCCUGCUCCUCUCCUGCACCUCUCCUGCCCCUCUCCUGCACCUCUCUCUCCUGCCCUCUCCUGCCCUCUCCUGCCCCUCUCCUGCACCUCUCCUGCACCUCUCCUGCCCCUCUCCUGCCCUCUCCUGCCCCUCUCCUGCACCUCUCCUGCCCCUCUCCUGCCCCUCUCCUGCACCUCUCCUGCCCCUCUCCUGCCCCUCUCCUGCCCCUCUCCUGCCCCUCUCCUGCCCCUCUCCUGCCCCUCUCCUGCCCUCUCCUGCACCUCUCCUGCACCUCUCCUGCCCCUCUCCUGCCCCUCUCCUGCACCUCUCCUGCCCCUCUCCUGCCCCUCUCCUGCACCUCUCCUGCCCCUCUCCUGCACCUCUCCUGCCCUCUCCUGCACCUCUCCUGCCCCUCUCCUGCACCUCUCCUGCCCCUCUCCUGCACCUCUCCUGCCCCUCUCCUGCCCCUCUCCUCCUGCCCCUCUCCUGCCCUCUCCUGCCCCUCUCCUGCACCUCUCCUGCCCUCUCCUGCCCCUCUCCUGCACCUCUCCUGCACCUCUCCUGCUCCUCUCCUGCACCUCUCCUGCACCUCUCCUGCACCUGCCCCUCUCCUGCACCCUCCUGCCCUCUCCUGCACCUCUCCUGCACCUCUCCUGCCCCUCUCCUGCACCCUCUCCUGCACCUCUCCUGCCCCUCUCCUGCCCCUCUCCUGCACCUCUCCUGCCCUCUCCUGCACCUCUCCUGCACCUCUCCUGCCCCUCUCCUGCCCCUCUCCUGCCCCUCUCCUGCCCCUCUCCUGCACCUCUCCUGCCCCUCUCCUGCACCUCUCCUGCCCCUCUCCUGCCCCUCUCCUGCACCUCUCCUGCACCUCUCCUGCCCCUCUCCUGCUCCUCUCCUGCCCCUCUCCUGCACCUCUCCUGCCCCUCUCCUGCCCUCUCCUGCCCCUCUCCUGCACCUCUCCUGCCCCUCUCCUGCCCCUCUCCUGCACCUCUCCUGCCCCUCUCCUGCCCCUCUCCUGCACCUCUCCUGCCCCCUCCUGCCCCUCUCCUGCACCUCUCCUGCCCCUCUCCUGCCCCUCUCCUGCACCUCUCCUGCCCCUCUCCUGCCCCUCUCCUGCACCUCUCCUGCCCCUCUCCUGCCCCUCUCCUGCACCUCUCCUGCCCCUCUCUGCACCUCUCCUGCCCCUCUCCUGCCCUCUCCUGCACCUCUCCUGCCCCUCUCCUGCCCCUCCUCCUGCACCUCUCCUGCCCUCUCCUGCCCCUCUCCUGCUCCUCUCCUGCCCCUCUCCUGCACCUCUCCUGCACCUCUCCUGCCCUCUCCUGCACCUCUCCUGCCCUCUCCUGCCCCUCUCCUGCACCUCUCCUGCCCCUCUCCUGCCCCUCUCCUGCACCUCUCCUGCCCUCUCCUGCCCCUCUCCUGCCCUCUCCUGCCCCUCUCCUGCCCUCUCCUGCCCCUCUCCUGCUCCACUCACAGGCGAAGGCUCCUGGUGUUGAUUGGUCGACUGGAGUUUGUUCAGAAGAAGCUGGAGCCAGAGUCUCUGAGCCCAGAGGCCAAACGAUACAUGGAGCGACUGAUCCGACUGGGGAGGAGGAACGGCCUGCACCUCCCCAAGGAGACGCAGGAGGAGAUAAAGAAAAUAAAGAAGCGUCUGAGUAAUCUGUGCAUCGACUUCAACAAGAACCUGAACGAGGACACGACGAGUUUGAGCUUCAGCCGCCAGGAACUGGGCGGUCUGCCGGAGGACUUCCUGACGGCGCUGGACGCAGACGGAGACAAACUUAAAGUGACGCUCAAAUAUCCACAUUAUUUUCCCACAAUGAAGAAGUGUCACGUCCCAGAGACACGCAAGAGUCUGGAGGAGGCCUUCAACUCCCGCUGCAAACAGGAGAACUCUGAGAUCCUGAAGGAGCUGGUGACGCUGCGCACACAGAAGUGUUCGCUGCUCGGCUUCAAGACUCACGCAGACUUUGUGCUGGAGAUGAACAUGGCCAAGAGCGCGCGCACCGUCUCCUGCUUCCUCGAGGAACUGGCUGCUCGGCUGCGCCCCCUGGGGGAGGAGGAGCGCGCUGUUCUGCUCAGACUGAAGCAGACGGAGUGUGAGAAGAGGGGGCUGCCGUUUGACGGAAAGCUCCACGCUUGGGACACGCGCUACUUCAUGACCCAGGUGGAGGAGACCCAGUUUGCGGUGGACCAGAACCAGCUGAAGGAGUUCUUCCCGGUGGAGGUGGUGACCCGCGGGCUGCUGGACAUUUACCAGGAGCUUCUGGGGCUGACGUUCGAGAGCGUGUCCAAACCUGCGGUCUGGCACCCGGACGUCAGCCUGUUCACGGUGAAGGAGCGCAGCAGCGGCGCCACCGUGGGACAGUUCUACCUGGACCUGCACCCACGAGAGGGAAAGUACGGGCACGCGGCCUGCUUCGGCCUGCAGCCCGGGUGUCUGUUGCCUGAUGGAUCUCGUCAGAUGUCGGUGGCGGCGAUGGUGGCGAACUUCAGCAAAGCCACGGCAGACGCUCCUGCUCUGCUGCAGCACGACGAGGUGGAGACCUACUUCCACGAGUUUGGACACGUCAUGCACCAGCUGUGUGCGCAGGCGGACUAUGCCAUGUUCAGUGGGACUCAUGUAGAGCGAGACUUUGUGGAGGCUCCGUCUCAGAUGUUGGAGAACUGGGUUUGGGAGAAGGAGCCGCUGCAGAGGAUGUCGCAGCACUACAGGAGCGGCGCCGCCAUCCCCGAGGACCUGCUGGACAAGCUCAUCAAGUCCAGACUGGCCAACACCGGCCUCUUUAACCUGCGUCAGAUCGUCCUGGCCAAAGUAGACCAGGCUCUGCACACGAGGAGCGGCCUGGACCCAGCGGAGGAGUACGAGCGGCUGUGUGUGGAGGUGCUGGGGAUCCCCUCCUCUCCAGGUACCAACAUGCCCGCGACCUUCGGACACCUGGCCGGAGGAUACGACGCUCAGUAUUAUGGAUAUCUGUGGAGCGAGGUGUUUUCUAUGGACAUGUUCUACGCCCGCUUCAAGAAGGAGGGCAUCAUGAACCCACAGGUGGGGCUGGAUUACCGCCGCUUCAUCCUGUCCCCUGGAGGCUCUCUGGACGCCUCUGAGAUGCUGAGGAGGUUUUUGGGCCGAGAACCAAAACAAGAGGCUUUCCUCCUGAGUAAAGGCCUGACUGUGCCGGAGGCCACGCCCACUGCUUGCUGA